AAACAUACUGCUUUUGCUACCUUUCCCAGUGAAAAUGCAGCUGUGAAGGCUUUGUCAAGGCUGCAUCAGCUGAAACUUUUAGGUCACACCUUAGUUGUUGAAUUCGCGAAGGAGCAAGAUAGUGUGCAGGUACUCACCCAGCCUUCUGUCUCAGAGACGUGUAAAAGUUCAGAAGAACUGGUGAAAGAGGAAGAGAAGAAAGAACCAAGCUGUAUUAAUAUAGAGAGUGGAAUUGCACCCAACCAUGGCCUCACCUUUCCCAUCAAUUCUUGCCUCAAAUAUUUGUAUCCACCACCAUCAAGUACAAUUCUAGCAAAUAUAGCAAAUGCCUUGGCAAGCGUGCCCAAAUUUUAUGUCCAGGUACUUCAUCUUAUGAAUAAAAUGAAUCUUCCUCCACCUUUUGGACCAAUUACUGCUCGCCCUCCCAUGUGUGAAGAGUAUAUACCAGUGCCUGCACCACCUCCCCCAAUCCCGCCUCUGCCUCCCGAAGAGCCUCCUUUGCCUGAAGAGGAAGAAGAGCAACAGUCUAGUGGAGACGAAUCAGAAUAUGAAAGUGAUAAUGAUGAGGAAAAGGAGAGAAUGACCAAGUUGAUGGAGUUAGCAACCCUUCAGCCUAAAAGACCAAUAAACACAAAGAGGCGUGGUGUUAGAAAAAAGCGAAGAAUUAAAGACUUACUGAAUGUUCCAAUGUGUACUCCUCACAGUAAUUUGCACCCUGCGCUGUCACCUUCAGAUGUCUUUGAGCAGCCACAGCAUGUUGGUCAUAAAAAAAUUGAGUUCCAUAUUACUAGUGACAUCCCAACUGUUCUUCAGAUAAACUCAGAAAAAGAAGAAAAAAAUGACCUUUAUGCAACCACAGAAGAAAUCAAUAAUACAGGCUUUGGAAGGAUUUUCCCAGCUCCUAGCUCAAAUGAUAAGAUGGAAACUGAAGAGGAAGAUGAUGAAAUACCAUCAGAAUUUAUUUCUAGAAGGGAUCUAGAAAAAAACAGACUUUCUAGAGAAGAAAUGGAGAAAUUUUCUGUUUUCAAAAACUAUGAGCCAGGUGAUCCAAAUUGCAGGAUAUAUGUGAAGAAUUUAGCUAAACAAGUUCAAGAAAAGGAUCUCAAGUUCAUUUUUGGAAGAUACAUUGACUUCCAGUCAGAAGUGGAACGAAAUAUGUUUGAUAUACGUUUGAUGAAAGAAGGCCGUAUGAAGGGACAGGCUUUCAUUGGACUUCCUAAUGAAAAAGCAGCUGCUAAAGCUUUAAAAGAAGCAAAUGGAUAUGUCUUAUUUGAAAAACCCAUGGUGGUUCAAUUUGCUCGUUCAGCUAGACCAAAGCAGGAUGCCAAUGAAGGGAAAAGAAAAAAGUAGAACACUGCACAAGAAACAUUCCUGCGUAAAUACUGCAGUAAUACUGUCAUGCAGAGUGUAUCCUUUCUUGUUGUAUCCUUUUUUUGUGCAAUGUUUCCUGUAGCACUCAACUACAUCUACGUUUUCAUGUAGAG